AUGGAAAACGACAGCAUUUCGAAAUCUACACAAGACAAAAAUGAAAUAGAUGCUACACCAGUAACAAGCACUGUUAGCAAUAACUCUAAUAAAGACUACUCUGGUAUCGAUUAUGAACCUCCCGAAAGGUAUCGCCUUUGGCUCUAUGAUUUAAUUCUCUGGUUGUUUACCGUUACCAUUGAUUGCUUUUUCAGAGAGAUAAGACCCCGAGGUGCAUUUAGGCUUCCUCGCUCGGGGCCCGUUAUCUUUGUUGCUGCGCCUCAUGCUAACCAGUUUGUGGAUCCAAUGAUCUUAAUGAAUCAGGUGAAAAGAGAGAGUCAGAGAAGAAUUCUGUUCUUGAUUGCUGCGAAGUCCUACAAAUUGAAGUUUAUUGGUUUCUUGUCUAGAUGCCAAUUGUCAAUUCCAGUUGCCAGAGCACAAGAUAAUUUAGUUAAAGGAACAGGGAAAAUUUUUGUGGACCUAGAAUCUGACCCACUUCUCGUCAUAGGUAAAAAUACUAGGUUUACUAAAGAAUGCAUGGCUAGAGGUAUGCUUGCGUUACCAAAAUCUCUAGGUGCAACUGAGAUAACUGAAAUCAUAUCUGAUACCGAAUUAAGGAUUCGGAAGGAAUUUAAAAACACUGAUCAGAUCAGAAAGCUAUUAUCAUCAGGCACUUCGUUCAAAAAGGCGGACCGAAUCGAUCAAAAACAGGUCUUCGGUCUUGUUUUCAAGCACUUGUCAGCGGGAAAUUGCAUAGGAAUAUUUCCAGAAGGUGGAUCGCAUGAUAGAACCGAAUUACUUCCUUUGAAGGCCGGAGUUGCAAUAAUGGCCCUUGGCACGAUGAGUUAUGACCCAAAUUGUAAUGUAAAGAUUGUCCCAUGUGGUAUGAAUUACUUCAAUGCUCAUAAAUUUAGAUCUAGAGCUGUAGUUGAAUUUGGAAAACCAAUUGAGGUUCCUAAAACGUUAGUUGAAAAAUAUGAUAACCCUGAAACCAAUCGUGAGUCUGUAAAAGAGCUUUUAGAUAUAAUCACCACUGGUUUGAAAGCAGUCACCGUGACAUGUGAAGAUUAUGAGACACUUAUGGUUAUUCAGGCGGCAAGAAGGUUGUACGCUGGCAAUCUAGCUCACACCUUACCUUUACCUUUAAUUGUUGAAAUGAACAGAAGAUUGGUGUUGGGUUAUCAAACCUUCAAAGAUGAGCCUAGGGUUCAAGAUGUGAAGCAAAAAAUCUUGAAAUAUAAUGAAAAAUUGAAACAGUUGUAUUUACCAGAUCAUCACGUCGAGGAUUGUGACGAAUCUCACAAAUUGCGUGUGAUUCCAGUUUUAAUUUACAGAGUUUUGAAAUUGGUUUUUCUAAUGCUGUUGGCUUUGCCUGGAGCAGUGUUAUUUUCUCCUGUAUUUUUGACUUCCAAACUCAUUUCUCUGAAGAAGAAGAAAUCAGCAUUGGCUAAUUCAACCGUGAAAAUAAAAGCUAAUGAUGUUGUUGCGACGUGGAAAAUUUUAAUUGGAAUGGGUAUUGCACCAUUAGUCUACAUUUUUUAUGCUACCAUAGGUUCGUGGUAUUGUUAUCAUUACGACAGGUUCUUAGGUACUAAUGUGGUUUCAAACUUCAUAUUAUUAUACUUAUGUGGAGUCUUGGUAACCUACUCCGCGUUGAUUACCGGCGAGCAAGGUGUAGAUAUAUUCAAAUCCAUCAGACCCCUUUAUCUUUCAAUUAUAUCUGGUUCGUCCAUUCAUGAGUUGAAAGAAUUUAGAAGUGAGUUGGCUGCCGAGAUUACUGAUUUGGUGAACACGUUUGGACCGCAAUUAUUCGUAAACGAUUUUAAUUUGUUGAAACUCAAAGAAAACUUUAGGUCUCCAGAUGAUUCUAAAUAUCCAAAUAGCGAUGACGAAGAAGAAAUGAAAACUCAAGAAUUGAGAAACAGACGAUUACAAAGGCGUAAAGCUGAGAGAAAGGCACAAAGACAAGAGUCUGAGUCUAGCGAAACUACGCAGGAUAAAUCUUCAACGCCAUUUACUGUCACAGGCGAAGCGACAAAUGAUUCUUACAGUGCGUUGUCUUUGAAUGAUAGAAAUUCUUCAUCCAUUUCAGAUGGAAUUUCUCUAAUGAAUUCUGAUAAUUCAUUCACUAAUAUUCCCAUGUUUUCUGAUUAUAAUUUGCAUAAGAAUGUCAAUAAUGCAGACUUCACUAUUCCAUCAAGUUCUGCCUCUUCUGCAUCAAUGAUGGACGAUUUUGAUGUAAGGGGAUUGCCAACACCAUUAUCAAGACGAGAGUCGGAGAAUGAGCUCGAGUUUAACUUUUCAGGCAGAUCGAAGUCUUCUUUGACACACAAAAUUAGGAACAAAUUGAUGGAAAACAGGAAAAAGGAUGCAUAA